CCGCCAUUACUAGGCAUCUUCGAUCACGGGGACUGUGAGAGUGUGUGUAGAAUUUAAUAGUUCAAUUUGUUUGUAUUAAUUUUGUUUCUUAGAGAACCGUAAACUUUUUAAUUAUCGUAAGAAAUCUGUGUUCACUGUGAUGGAUUCAACUACAAGUGGGCAACGAAAGCUGAUUCCUCGCGGAGCGAUGCCAACCGGUCUGGUACGACAGAAAAUGUUAGCAGUUCCUCAUGCAGAUGGAAAGGUUGUAAGCGCCAACUAUCAGCAGUGUGACUCUGGAUUUGGUGACGACGAAGAAUUACGCUCUCGAAGCAUAGAAAGAAACAAUGAAGUCACCAACUUGCGCAGUGUAGAGGAGAGGACCGAAAAUUUGUCGAUCGAGGACCCUGAUACUGAUAACCGACACCCUUCCUUGGAAUCACAAGAUUCAUCGCUUCUGAAAAACGAAGAACUUUAUCUAAACUAUGCUCACACUAAUGACGUGAGGUAUCUAUUAGCCCAGGACCAUGUUAGAAAGCAGUUAUAUCUUCAAGACGACGAUGGUGACACAGCUCUUCAUUUGUCGAUUAUAAAUAUGAAACCAAUGGAAACAGAUGCGAUAAUCUCAGUUGCGCCGUGUAGAGAAUGCCUCGACAUUUACAACGAUCUGAAACAGACGCCUCUUCACCUAGCGACAAUCACCCGACAGCCCGCCGCAAUCCGCAGACUUCUGGAAGCCGGAGCUUCGCCAAACAUUCCCGAUCGCAAUGGUAGAACGGCUUUACAUUUAGCUUGUGAUCAAGGAGAUAUUGACUGCGUAAAGGAGAUUGUAAGACCUCUGCACGACAAACGAUGGGGUGACGAAAUGAAAGAGAAAGUAUAUAACAUGCUUCACGAGCGAGACUACGAAGGUUAUGCCGCUUUACACAAGGCUGUAUUUGUAAGCAGUGUACAAAUUGCCACUUAUCUGGUGUCUCUUGGGGCUAAUGUUAACAUUCAGGAUGCUAAAAGUGGACGUUCCCCACUUCAUCAUGCAGUUGAGGCUGGUAACUUGUCCAUGAUCAACUGCCUUUUGUACCAGUGCAGUGCAGACCCAGAUGCCAUGACAUUUGGUGAAGUGACACCUCUUCAUAUUGCCGCAGGACGGGGAAUGGAAGCUGUGGUAGCUCUGUUACUUGCUGCCGGUUCUGAUCCAAGCCUAACAAACUAUGAGGGUGAAUCACCUCUUAAUAUUGCUGCCUCUAAACAGGUGAUUACUAGUGGAGCCCUUAUGUUGAAAUCUCUCAGAUUCAUGACAUGGUGAAGUCUACCUUCUAAGCUUAAAAUAGAGUUACAGACAAGAAUGGAAGGAGUGGAUUUCAAACCCCCUGAAUAUUUUAAAAAACCCACACAAUGGCAGGCUGGCAACUUCCAAAACAAGCCUGUGCAAUUGACACUAUCAUACCUUAUAAAUUUACAUAGCAUUACAAAAGCAAGAUUUUUCUAGAGCCUUGAGGCUACUACCUAUAUCAAAUCACAGACAUUUUACUGCAUGAAACUGCACGCUUUAUUGCUAUUAUUGAAAAAAAAAAUUUUUUUUGUUGCUGUCUUGUCUGAACCAAAUAGAUAAAAGUGAUUUUUACAUAGUUGCUAACAAAUCAAGAACGUAAAUUUGAACUGGUCUAUGUGUGCAAUUACAGUUCCUUGCGAGACUUGAUGCCAAGAUAUCUCAGAUCAAAUAAAAUUCAGUUUUAGAAUA